UUUUUCUGUUUAGGGAGGCUGAUAGACGAGAGGGAUCGUGGCUGAGAGCUCAAUGGACCAGGUUUGCUCAAACUGUAAAGAUGAGAUAAACAUUAGGUGUUCUGUAUUAUAAUUACCAUUACUUUAAGUGUAAAUAACCAAUUAUAAGUAGCUAAUCGCCUUAUGCUACGAUAUUGUUAACAUAUGAGGCUCUUUAUUUACCUUCUGAUGUGACGCAACAGUAUCAGUGGAUCCACAGUCCGAAUCUUUGAACAAAAGGACAGCUUUAGCCAUGUUCUGGACAUGAGAUUUUUCACACAGAGAGACAAGUGAUCAACACGUAGGUUUGUUUUUUUAAAACAGCUAAAUCGUUCAGUUACAUUUGGUGGACUGAAAUAUAACACAAGUCCGUCAAGUCCGACAAUUACAUGAUGUACCAGUAUGGGUCAUCGGGCUGAUGUGAAGAUGAACCACAGGAGCAGCCCAGCAAAAGCUUAUGAUUUUCUUCUGAAAUUCCUACUGGUUGGAGACAGUGAUGUGGGGAAAGGGGAAAUACUGGCCAGUCUUCAGGAUGGGUCCAGUGAGUCACCCUAUGGAUACAACAUGGGAAUCGACUACAAGACUACUACCAUUCUCCUGGAUGGACGCAGGGUUAAGCUUCAACUGUGGGACACCUCAGGACAAGGCAGAUUCUGUACCAUAUUCCGCUCCUAUUCCAGAGGAGCACAGGGAGUCAUCCUUGUUUAUGACAUCACAAACCGGUGGUCUUUCGACGGCAUCGACAGAUGGAUUAAAGAGAUUGAUGAGCAUGCACCAGGUGUCCCCAAGAUCCUGGUGGGCAACAGGCUUCAUCUGGCCUAUAAGCGUCAGGUGACCACCGAACAUGCGCAGGCCUUUGCAGAGCGAUUGGGCGUCACGUUUUUUGAGGUCAGCCCUCUCUGUAACUUCAACAUCACCGAGUCCUUCACUGAACUGGCCCGCAUUGUGCUCAUGAGGCACGGCAUGGAGCGACUCUGGAGACCCAAUAAAGUGUUGAGUCUGCAGGACCUGUGCUGCCGUUCUAUCGUUUCCUGCACUCCAGUGCAUCUCGUGGACAAACUUCCCCUUCCUGUUGCCUUAAAGAGUCAUCUGAAGUCCUUUUCCAUGGCUAACGGCCUGGUCAACACCAGGAUGAUGCACGGCCGUUCCUAUUCGGUCAUACCUAGCAGUGCUAAAAAACGGAACGGAACCAAAAAAUCCAAAAUCAUCUAUCCUCCACUGAGCCCAUCCCAGCACUGCGCACGGACAAGCUGCAAGAUUUCAUAGAUCGAUGCAGUCGCUGUAUUUACAGUACACAUUCACAAUGCAAUUAAACAAGGAGCUAGUGUUCACAGCCACCAGAGUCUUACAAUAAAUAAGAACCAAGAUACAGAACAGGGGCUCUUUGAUAUAGUAAGUGUUCUUGAGCUUGUUCACCAUGUUGGUUUGUGCAAAACACAUCCUCCUGGCCAUAUCCGAUUGUGAUCGCCGGACACAAGUACAAAAGAGGAUCUGUUUCUAAGUGUUUCCAAGCCUUUAUAAUGCUCUGCAUUGUUUAAAUAUACGUACAAGUUAUUUUGUCUUGUAUAUGUAUUGAUGGUACUGCAUUUUCCUGUGGAGGACUCUCUCUUUUUUUGCUACUGAACUUGGACCAAGCCAGCAGGAGAAACAGACGGCGUUCCUGAUUUGUUAUCAGUUUUAAAAUGGACCUUACUGAUAAAUAAUACCAGCUUAAUUUCUUUAAUACUUUUAUUCAGAGAGAAAGGUCAAGGUUGAGACACACGGCUCUUUGUAUUGUGUAUAUAUAAUUUUUGUUUGAUACUACGUUGUUAGAAUUCUUAAUUAUUGUGAUACACUUGAUCUGUGACCAAUAUUGUAAUUAAACAAUAUGUUUGUAUGGAAAACACACCAAAGAUGUGGGAGAUUCAAAUGUGGCUUCAAUUGUCACAAUGAAAACAAUGCUUAUGUUUCAGAUUUACACUGCAAGCAAACAGAAAUUUCUAACAUGCUACCAUAUCAGGUUUUAAAUAAACAUCAGUGAUAAAAUCAA